CGCCACACCGCUCGAGCAGAACAGAAAUAGCAGCUACAGUUCACAGCGCGACUCAAAUCAACAGGUCCUUUCUUCAGUUAGAAGAGUUUAUCUUUCUAUCGAGAUAAAAUUCAACGUUCAACUUUUUGUUUUAGAAACAAGGAACAGAAACAGAUCUUGUUAUGGAAAUCAAAACGAUCCUGUUUUUAAUUCUGAAUGCCCACACAUGCACUGCCAUCUUUAACGUCAGUGCUGAAGGCAGUUUAUCUGAAAAUACGACUGUUCAACUGGUUAAUCCAGAAGAUCAUCAUGAGGAAGAAAUAAAUGCCCCUGCUGGACGCAGUUUUGCUGCUCUGCCUGACUCUGAAACCUCGACGGAUGAGCCAACUGACUACAAUAUGGAUGAGACACUGCCCAACUCUUCAAUGCAAAAUAAAACUUGUAAAGAGUUAUGCCAACAAGAGUCCCGAUCUACUAAAGGAGCACAUCCAUGUAACGUCAGUGAUCCGAAUGCAGCAAGAUGCAACUCAACUAUAAUCCGGAAAUACAAGACCUCAGUCGAGGCUGUUAACUUCCUUAAAAGCUCACUGGUCACACGCAUCAUGCCUUCAUUCUACAUCUUCGUCAUCCUCAUUAGUUUGCCCCUGAAUGCUUUGGCCUUGGUGACGUUCACCUGUAGGAUUCGAGAGAAGAAACCAUCUGUGAUCUACAUGUCUCAUCUGGCGUGUGUGGAUCUGCUCUUCACCCUGCUGCUGCCUCUGAAGAUCCACUACCAGCUGAACGCUUCAGAUUGGGUGUUCGGUGAGGCGGCGUGUCGUGUGCUCAGUGCAGCUUACUACUGCUACAUGUACUGCUCCAUACUGCUGAUGAUGUGCAUGAGUGUGGACAGGCUGCUGGCCGUGGUGUAUCCCAUCGCCUCUCUGACCUGGAGGAGCGCAAGGAAAGCCACACUCAUAUGCAUAUUAGCCUGGCUGCUGGCGAUCACUGGUACGGUACCGCUUCUCUCAGUGACACAAACAUUCAAGAUUAAGGAUGUUGGUGUCACCUGCCAUGAUGUAUUGAUCCAUAAUGACCCUACAGAUAAGCAGUACAUGUACCAGUUCUCCAUCCUCUCCUGUUUCUACUACUUUGUGCCACUUAUUGUCACCUUAGUGAGCUACUCCACCAUCAUAUCUGUGCUCCGUACCAAGUCUAAUCUAUUGGCGAAAUCAUCAUCUCUCUCAGAAAAUCGAAGAAGAGCUGUGAUUAUGACUAUUGCUGUGCUGAUGGUGUUUGUUGUGUGCUUCGCACCAACCAAUGGCAUCCUGUUUUACCACUGUUUUCUUUUAGCUGCUGGAUACACCAGUGGUGAGGGAGAUUCAUCGUAUGCAGCUUACCUGUUGGCUGUGUGUUUGGGGAGCGCAAGUGUUUUUCUUGACCCUCUUCUUUACUAUUACGGCUCAUCUCAAUGCAGACAAAAGAUCAGCUCUGUGUUUUGGUGGAGAAAACACACCUUGUCAAAUUCAAACAGUCAGACAAAAUCCUCUUAUGUGAGUUGUGAGUACAGACAGGCACGCAUUUAGAUGUGAAUUGUUUCAAAAAAGAGCUGGUGAAAUUGGGCCAUUUACAGAAGAUUGAAUUUAAAGUUAUCGCUCUCUGGCCACAAAUCCUGAUUCGUGCUAAAGCAGGAUGUAUAUCCCUUCCAUGCUGUUAUUUCUAAAAAU